GCGGCAGCGGUCUGCGCUUGGACUUGCUCGUGCGUGCACUCACCUCGCUGCUCCUCAGCAAGGAACAUGCACGGGAAACCGGGUUUGUUUUCGGGUCCAUAAAGUCAACUUUUAACGGACUCACUGUGAGUUGGUGUCAAAGCGCAAGACCGCGUGUGAAGAAGAAGAAGUUUGGAAGUGCAGAAGGCGGAUGAGGAGAUGAUGAGGUCCGCGGCCGUCGUCCUGAUGCUCGUCUUCCUCGCGAGUGAGGCGGCUGGCAGAUUUCCUUUGUGCCACUUCGCCUGGGAGAUGAAGCGGGCCAGCCAGGAGUGUCGCGCUGGCCUGCAGCAGCUCACGGCGCCCCCCGCAGGAUGCGUCGGCGAGUGGGACAACACGUCGUGCUGGCGCGGCGCGGCGGUGGGCGAGGUGGUCACCCAACCCUGCCCGGCUCCCCUCCAGCAACUAUUUGGGAAGAAGGGUAAUCUGAGCAGGAAGUGCACCCAGCGAGGUUGGUCUGACGUCUAUCCCGUCAUCGCGGCCGCCUGCUCGUCCAACGACACCGCCCAACCCAACGAGCUGGUGUUCUACAAGGUGGUGCGGGUUCUGUCCACGUUGGGCCACAGCCUGUCUCUCAUCAGCCUACUCAGCAGCACCGUCAUAAUUGCUCUCUUCAGGAGGCUGCGCUGCAUGCGCAACUACAUCCACAUCAACCUGUUCGCGUCCUUCGUGCUGAGGGCCGUGGCCGUGCUCACCAAAGACCUCCUCCUCUUCUCCGACGAGGAGGACGACGCCGUCGACUGCAGCGUUCAGCCCUCGCUGGUGGGCUGUAAGAGCAGCCUGGUGUUCCUGAACUACUCCAUCAUGGCCAACUUCUUCUGGCUCCUGGCGGAGGCGCUCUACCUCCACACGCUGCUGCUGGUGGUCCACGCGCGCUGCGCACGGCUUUGCGUCUACAUGCUGAUCGGCUGGGGGAUCCCGUGCGUGUUCACGGUGGCGUGGAUUUUGUGUCGCAUCCACCUGGAUGACACCUGGUGCUGGGAGAGGAACGACAACCCCGUCCCCGGCAGAGUUCUGGACUGGCCCAUCAUGGCGUGCGUCGUCGUGAACUUCAUCCUGUUCAUCAGCAUCAUCCGCAUCCUCGUGCAGAAGCUGCGCUGCACCGACGUGGGCGGCAACGAGCAGUCGCAGUACAAGCGCCUGGCCAAGUCCACCCUGCUGCUGAUCCCUUUGUUCGGGAUCAACUACGUGGUCUUCGUCCACCUGGUGGAGCCCGCCGAUAAAACCGUGCAGCGGGUCAAGAUCUUCUUCGAGCUGGGACUCGGGUCCUUCCAGGGCCUGAUCGUGGCCGUGCUGUACUGCUUCCUCAACUGCGAGGUCCAGUCCGAGCUGAGGAGGAUGCGCCGGAGCUUGUCCCUCAAGCGUUACGCGGCCGGUCGGCAGUUUGGGCCGCGCGGCGCCACGUCGGGCCCCGGCGCCGCCGAGCGCUCGGCCCCGUUCCCCAGGAACUCCCGAGCGCCGUCCAUCUUGCAGACGGAGACCUUUCUGCUCUGACCUCUGCGCCCCUCGAGGUUCCUCUGAUUUCAAAACUGUAUCGUUUUCCCGUACAUAUUUUUGAUAUAAACUAGACCGGGCUGGACCGAUUUUACCGACAUUAACACUUUUCAAAUCGGGAAAAAACGGACAAAUGCUUAUUUUAUUCUCUACGUUAAACAAAAGGACAGUCAAACGUUCUGCCUGUGUUUGAUAUUUUUAUUGUUCUCGUAGUUUUAAGCGUUAUUCUAGUCAUUCUAUCUUUAUUUAUAUAUCCAUAUUUUAUUCUUUAUCUAAUUUAGGAUCGCCAAAUUUGUUAUUUCUGUCAAAUAUCCGAAUUGGCAUCGGCCUCCACAAAUCCAUCUCGAUCUGAUCUUCAUGGAAACAUCUUCUCGUCACACGUGAAUCUUAUAGCGCAAACACUUAGUUAUUGAUUGUUAUUAUGAUAUGUUCCGGUGUACUUUUUUAUAUUAUUAUAUUAAUCAUCCGUUCCCGCCACUGAUCUCAACUAUUAAAACAGGACUAACUGCAGUGAGCGCUGCAGUGUAAUUGCUGUGCGUACUGUAGUAUCCGUGCGAUGGACGCGUGCGUGUCCUUGUCGGUGACAUCGGUAGCGGGAUUAGCUUAGCCCGCGCUUGAGCGUCUGGGCGUGAGUUGCGGUCGAUAGUAGAUCCUCGAGAGUGCUGUCAUGUUGCGUUGCCCCGCCCCCCAUCCCCCGUAGCAAGGAUUCGAACCCCUUACCUCCGAAGUGCGAGGCAAAUGUGUCGACCCCUCCUCUAACGUGCAGACUUCAAAUGUGAAUAAAACACCAGACAACAUUUCAA